AUGGAACACAUAACUGUAGAAUAUUAUCGUGCUGGUAUACCUUAUUUAUCCCUAGAAGCUAUUGAGAAAAUUAUUCAAUCUCGAGGAACGAUUAAAAAUGCAUGCAAGAAAAUGGCUGAUAGAUAUAGCACUUCAACCCGCCGAAUUUAUGAAAUCUGGAAAAGGCAUGCCCAAGGAUUGCCUCAGCGCAAGCAACAAAUGAUACAAAAUAUAUUUUUUUCUGAAAUAGCAUCUAUGCCUAGGAAUAAUAUCUCAAAUGAGCGGACAAAAAAGAAAAAAUCUAGUUCCAAAUCGAUCCACUCUUCACACUUAACUUCUAAUAGUGGAGGAAAGAUGGAAAAAAUAAGUGGGGGCGAUAUGGAUAACAUUCCUAAUACAGAUAUAGUUACUUUGAUUGAACAAGAAAUAAAAAGAAAAGAUAAAAACAUAGCUAAUAGUGCUUGCAUAAAGUCUACUACUUAA